CACUUCCUCACUGCACGACGCCAGUCUCGAAUAAGUGUCAAAUCACAGGGGCGCCUGCUUCCUGUCCAUAGACAGACAUGUAGGGAUGUUUGUUGAUGUUGAACGCUGUGAAAUAACAUCGGCUCAGUUUGUUCUGUAGAGGGUCAUGCUGAGGUUAUUUGUGUUUACCAGUUUUUCCACAUUGGUCUGUUCAUUGUGCUGAAUGAACUGAAAGGCCGAAAAGUGGACUCAUAGGAGCACCAUUUUUCAUAUAAAUAUUUAUGAUUAAUGUACUGAGCAAAGGCUCACAAUUGGUACAGGCAUCUCUGCAUUCAUAUGACACAGUUCUCUUUCUAGUAGAAGUUUACUGAUAAUUAGAAAUGUUAUUAAAAAUUUCCUUUGGCAUUGUUUUUUCUUUUCGUCCUCUCCCAUGCUUUCUCCACCUGUGCAUCCCAGAGAAAGAGCCGUGGUCUCUGUACCUGCCAGUUACACUAAUGAAGGUGUGACAUCUGCACCAGUCAGUCUCAGUAACAGAGCUAUGGCCUCUGUAGCAGUCUGUCUCUCUGGAGAAGGCUUGGUGGUGACACAGAGAAGGAAGCGCCACUUUAGAACUUUGGUCCCAGUGAAGGACGUGCGGCCUUGGUGCUUGUCAGACCCAUGGAAAGUAGGUGUGGCCUAUGUAUCCAUCAGUCAUGUUGAAGGAGGCAUGGCCAUACCGGUCAGUCCUAGUGAAGAAGAUGUACCUUCUUUAUCUAUCAGUAAACAUACACACGCACACUGUAUAUUUACCCUGCCUUACUGGUCUUAAAACAAUUUGAUAUAUAUUUGAAAAAAAAGGAUGAGGGGAAUACCUUUACCUUUAAGGAAUUCCUAGCCUAACAGAGACAAUUUCAACUGGAUAGUAAAAUGCACCAGCAAUGAUACUUUGGCACACAGUGAUUUUUAAGAUAUUCAGCUUCUUGAACCUGUAAAAACCUGAUGCUGGUGUUUCAUGUUUACAUUAUUACUGAUAUUUCUUAUAUCUUUAAGGGGCUAUAAAGAGGUCUUUCCCGGUUAGAUUUAGUUGUUGCUUUCAAGUGAAGCCUCUUUUGCUGUGUAUCCCAGAAUAUUCUUUUCGUGCUAUCUGUGCAGUAUACAGGGGCACUGGAAAUUUUUUGUGUCAGAAUGGUAAUUGGAGGCAGACUUUUUGUGACGCACAUGGUCCUGCUUUACUGCAGUUGUCCCUCACUUUGCCUCUGUCUUCUCUCUGGCUGGAAAAAAAAAGCAUCUUUAACUUGUACAUUUUGUUUAUCGCUUAAAAUACCACACAUCUGGUUUCGUCUCGUCUGGACAGAUCAGCAGAAAGGGGAUGGAAUGAAAUAGGACACAACUAAAAUGCGAGCAGCCCCUCCUUCCUUCGUGCGAUGACGGAGACAAAAUGUCCAAAGAAAAUGCUUGGGCAGGUUUGUUUAUACGCAGUCGAGAACAUUUUUGGAAGGAAUGAGGAGAAAGCAGGAACCAAAUAAAGGAAAAGAGUCAAGUCACGUGGGAGUAGGAAGGAAGAGAGAGAGAGAAUGAGGGAGAAAGGGAACGGCUGGGUCAGAGAGAGGAGGGGAGAUGGUGGUGGUCGAUUCGAGAGGGAAGCUUGUUAAGAGCCAAACAUGCGGGAUGGGGGGGGCAAGCCUGCAGGAAAUGAGCUCUCCAUCCUGCAGUUAAAUCUGACCUCUUGGCUCACGAUCAAAUGCUCUUCCAUCCAAAUACCAUAGAGUCUCUGUCCUGGGCACGGGCUGAGGGAGGGACAGAGGGAAAAGAGGGAGGGAGAGUGGGCACUUCCCCAGCCGUCUGUCUACGAUUUACAGAUAUACAGGGAGGGAGAGCAAGUCCUCGAAACCACCUCCUGCUUCACACAGAGAGAACAACACGUCCCCCUCUGCCGCCAACAUCCACACACUCGUACUGAUGCCGCGAGAUGGCUCUAAAAAAGACUGAUGUGCUAAGGGUUCCUCAGACACACUGAUGUCUCUUCUUCACUCGAGGGCAUUGAGGUGGAAAAAAAAAAAAAACGGGGCGCUAUUAAUAGCUGGAUGCCGGACCAAGCUGAUGGACAGCGCUGAAGUGAAACUCUUGUCCAGCAUUAUUUAAAUCCUGCCUUAACUUCUAGUAGGACUAUUCUUUUUUUUUUUUUUUUUUUUUUUUUUUUUUCUGAGCCUAAACUUAGACUUGGACUUCAGUGGAAGACUUCCAACUCUGGUUAUGGGUGGAAACAGCCUUUCCCAUUUGACAGUGCAGUUUUUUCCCCUUGCUCACGUAAUUGCUUGCGUAUUAGCACUAAUUGGAGGUAGGAGGUUAUAGGAACUUACAGGAUCAGCUCGGGAUGGAAUGGAGCGUGUGGGUUGCAGGAGCUGAGGAGACCUCCCUUUGCCUGGUUGACGAGUUCUGGAGACCUUAUUUCGCCUCAGCUGUACUCUUAGACCUUCAUGUACAACAAGAGAGACUAGUAUAUGCAGGCUCAGCUCAGCUUCUUGAGCAUAUUUAGCCUCAGUUCAGCUUCUCUGGAUCUUCAUGCUGUCUAGUUUGAUUGAUUCCCUUUUAGGAUGCGGCGCUUUGCCAAGCUCAAAAAAACCUUCCCAUUUCUUGCACAUUUCCAUGUGUACAAAAAGCUGGGCAGCAGUAUGCAGUGUGAAGAAGGCACUGAGUGGCUCCUGGAGCUGCUGAUGGAGGUGCAGCUGCAGCAGUAUUUCCUGCGUAUCCGUGACGACCUCAACGUCACACGCCUGUCGCACUUCGACUACGUAAAGAACGAAGACCUCGAGAAGAUCGGCAUGGGCCGGCCCGGACAGAGACGGCUGUGGGAGGCGGUGAAGAGGAGAAAAGCGAUGUGCAAGCGCAAGUCUUGGAUGAGUAAGGUGUUCAGUGGGAAGAGGCCAGAUGGAGAUUUCCAGCCACAGGCGACCAGCACUUUCCGGAAGCUUUCGAGCACUCCUCCGCCUACAGACGGCCAGCAGCAGGCCCUCACCUGCCUGAUCAGCGAGAAGGAGCUGGUGCUGUGCGAGAAGCUUGGAGACGGCUCGUUCGGCGUGGUGAAGCGUGGAGAGUGGGUCACGCCGGGGGGAAAAGUGUUGAACGUGGCGGUGAAGUGUCUGAAGACGGACGUCCUGAACCAGCCGGAUGCUCUGGACGACUUCAUCCGUGAGGUCAACGCCAUGCACUCGCUCGACCACCAGAACCUCAUCCGACUCUACGGAGUCGUCCUCACACACCCCAUGAAGAUGGUAACGGAGCUGGCUCCUCUCGGCUCUUUGCUGGACCGCUUGCGGAAGACCCAGGGCCACUUCCUCAUCUCCACGCUGUGCCAGUAUGCCAUUCAGAUCGCUAACGGUAUGGCCUACCUGGAGACCAGGCGCUUCAUCCACCGUGACCUAGCUGCCCGCAACAUCCUGCUGGCUUCCAGCGAGCUCGUCAAGAUCGGAGACUUCGGCCUGAUGAGGGCGCUGCCCAGCAACGACGAUCAUUACGUCAUGCAGGAGCACCGUAAGGUCCCUUUUGCCUGGUGUGCCCCAGAGAGCUUGAAAACACGCACAUUUUCCCACGCUACGGACACGUGGAUGUUUGGGGUGACCCUGUGGGAGAUGUGCACCUACGGUCAGGAGCCGUGGCUCGGCCUCAACGGCAGUCAGAUCCUCCAUAAGAUCGACAAGGAGGGCGAGAGGCUGCCGAAGCCUGAGGACUGUCCCCAGGACAUCUAUAACGUCAUGCUGCAGUGCUGGGCACAGAAACCCGACGACAGGCCUACAUUCGUGGCUCUCAGAGAGUUUCUGGUGGAGACCAUGCCGACUGACAUGAGAGCGCUGCAGGACUUCGACGAGCCCGACAAGCUGCACAUCCAGAUCAACGAUGUCAUCACAAUCAUCGAGGGCAGGGCAGAGAAUUAUUGGUGGCGAGGGCAGAACAAGCGCACACUGAAGGUGGGUCAGUUCCCCAGGAACGCGGUCACCUCCGUAGCCGGACUGUCAGCUCAUGACAUCAGCCGGCCACUGAAGAACAGCUUCAUCCACACGGGCCACGGAGACACCAACCCUCACCGCUGCUGGGGCUUCCCGGAUCGGAUAGACGAUCUGUAUCUGGGGAACCCCAUGGACCCUCCGGAUGUCCUCGGGCUGGAUCUGAAUGCUCCCAGGCCCACGCAGCUUCCUGGGCGAACCAAAAAGGAUCCUCCCCCUCGGCCCCCUCAGCCUGCUGUGCUCAUGAAGAAGCCGAACUACGACCCAGUCACAGAGGAUGAAGACCUGACGUCCUCCGGCCUGAGGCGCCUCUCAUUAAAAAAGCCCAACUCAAAGGGCCUGAAACUGAAGCCGUCAGCUUGGGUUUCAGCCACAAAGCAGAGCGAUCGAUCCAUUUAUGGCCUCCGAAAUCCAGGAGGUGGUACUCCCACUGAAGUCUCUCUUAUAGACUUUGGGGAGGAAAUGUUCUCUUCUACCCCCUCUCCUGUUAUAGAGUCCCAGGUCCCUAGUCUCGCUAGAUUGGCCCUGGAGGCAGAGAAUAUCUUGGACUGUACCCCACCCCAGAGUCCGUCCCGGUCUCUGCCUCGGCCGCUCCACCCCACCCCAGUGGUAGACUGGGACUCGAGACCUCUUCCUCCUCCUCCAGCGUAUGAUGACGUAGCACAGGACGAAGACGACAUCGAGGUGAGCUCGAUCAACAGCACAGAGAUAAGAGUCCCUAACGAACCAGGCUCUCCAUGUGCCCCCUGCACUCCUGCAUAUGAAGAUAAACUCCGAUUAGAGGAUGAUCUCUUCCUCCCCAGCAGGCAGAGCCGGUCUCGCACCUUCUCGCAAUCGGCCGAGAUCUUCCAGGAGCUCCAGCAGGAGUGCAUGAGGCAUCUGAAUGUCCCAGUAGGUUCCAUAAGUCCCGAUCCCUACCGUCAGAUCUUCCUGUCCACCUGCGAGGACAAGCCCCAGGUCCCACCUCGAGUCCCGAUCCCACCUCGACCUCCAAAAAGCACAGGAAGCGACUCUGCCCGCUGGUCACGUGACCUGUCUCCAGCCUUGUGCGGCGAGGACGAGAAGGAGCGUCCGCCCCAGAUCCCCCCCAGGGAUCCGCUGUCUCAGCCGGGCUCUCGCACGCCCAGCCCCAUGAAUCGUACCACACACUACCUCUCCACCUCGCCGGGCAAACUGAUGCCCACCACACAGAGCUUUGCGUCUGACCCCAAAUAUGCUGCGCCCAAAGUCAUGCAGGCCCAGGGCAAAGACAAGGAAGCAGGCAAAGGACCCUGCAUACUGCCCAUCGUCCGAGACGGCAAGAAAGUGAGCAACACGCACUACUACCUGCUGCCUGAGAGGCCCACGUACCUAGACCGCUAUGACAAGUUCUUCAAAGAGGCUGAAGAGGACGAGAGGAGGCCGGUCAACACGGCUACAGUCCGACCCAUGGUGCAACAGCAGGGAGACACAAAAUCGAACUUCUCCUGUAAUAAUAACAGCAGCCUUCCAGCCAGAGCAGGCAUCAGGAACUCCCUGAGCCUGAGCAAAGUCGGCACUGAAGGGCUGUGCAGUAGGGCGGAAGGAGCGGCUAAUCCUGACAGAGUUAAACUGGUGCAGGAGGCGGUGCACGGAGUGACGAUUGAGGAGUGUCAAACAGCCCUGCAGAACCACAGCUGGAAUGUGCAGAAGGCUGUGCAUUAUCUGAAGGUGGAGCAGCUCUUCUGUCUGGGUCUGAAGUCCAGGUUGGAGUGUCAUAAGAUCCUGGAGAUGUGUGACUGGAACCUGGAGCUGGCCAGCACUCAGCUUUUAGACUCUUACGGCUCAGUCAAACAGAGGCGAUAAGGAAACUCCACAGAUGAGCACAUCUUCACCUUCGUCCUCAUCCUCCCCUCAUCAGAGACUGAACUGAAGGCUGUCUAGAGAACUCUAGGAACGAGGGUCUCCCCCUCCCAAAGCUCGAGUUCCCUCUCUCUGCUAUACCAAGGGACUCGCAUUGUGUCUGUGUGUAUCCUCAGAACCGAGCGUCUUCCUCCAGAACCCCUCCUCAAGGUGCACUACUGAGUUCAGAGGUCAAAUGGCUAUUGAAUUUUAUUUGCUCUCUGUCUUGAACAGAAAAAAGGUUGAAACCAAAGUGCUGCUGGUCCGUUCGAGGUUUUUUUUUUUUUUUAAUUUUAUACAGAGAUUUAUUUGAUAAAUAAUAAAAGGAGAUUAUCGGAUGGAGAACUCUGAGAUAGUGUAAAAGUAGUGUAUAUAUUUUCAGAGUUUAGUUGUAGAGUUUAUAUGUUUGUGUCAGAUGGUUCUUUUUUUAAUGUCCAUUUCGGUCAACUGCAACAAGUUUAUUGAAUUUGUUUCCGUGUUGUGUUCUUUCCUUAUUUCUUUAGUUGUCCUGUUAUUUUUUUUUGAUAUUCCGUCCAAAAUUGUUGUGUUAAAACCUUUCCUUACCCUGCGUUUGCAAUAGCUAGUGACGAAGUUCCCUAUUUCCUUCAAUUUGCGUCAGAUUUCUAGCAAUAAUGCAAAUUAUUUGUGACGUUGUAAUGCGAAUACUUUUAAUAAGACGUGUUCCUCAUUUCCUCAUACGUUAUCAUCACAUCUAUGUAAUGUCAUCAGUGUUUAAUGGAAUGUUUGGGGAAUAAUUUAAUCCCAGACGAGCACUCUUAAUAGUUUGUUUGCACAGCUAGCUAACUUUAAAACAGCACCUUUUUAAAACGGAUUUUGCAUUGCGCAUUUCAGUUCAUAACUAUGAAACCAAGUCCUUGAUUUAUUAAAAAUAUUGAAGCAGCUAGGUAGUAUUGUGCUUAGCCUAGCUAAUCUUAGCUAGCUACUCAUACUCAUAUAACCCUUGGUAUACACUGAUGUCAUCAAGUGGAAGUGAUUGGUAGAAGUAAAUGCUGUGCCCAGAACAACAGACGAAUCCAUGAUCAUGUACUAUUUAGGGGAAAAAAAUCACGGUCACUGAAGCAGUAAAGCAGAAAAUCCAAGUGACCUUUUUGACCAAAAUUACAGCUUGGUUUGUUCAACGUCCACAAAAUUCUCUAUGUGACAUUAGCAGAAGUAACACUGUAGUACAUAUAAAUUCAGCAGGCUAUACAGGGCUAGCUUGUGUUUCCCAAGACUAGGAUAAAGAAAAAAAGCUAGCUAAAAUAAUAAGGUAUGGCGAGAUACCUAGCUAGUUACGUGCAUUAAUACUGACACAAACAAGCAUAAUUUCUAAGUAGCGGAGGACUCGGUGUGGCUGUAGUCAUUACCGUUAUCUAAGGCCUUCAACAAAAAGUCAACAAGUCGUUGGGCAGCGUUCUGCUAUGAGCCGUGGGGCUUUGUUUUCACAUCACACGUGAAUAUUAUUCUAAUCUGGCUACAACAUCGAUGUGCGUCACAGCGCAUUAUCUAUAAAAAGACAUACCAAAUAAAACCUUUUGUUUUGGGAAAAUCAGUAAUGAGUCAUUUUUUUUCUUUCUCUGGUUGUUGAACGAGAGAAGGGAAAAAAGUAGGCCAAGUGUGCCUUCUUUUCAACCAGGCAACUAUCAAUAAUAAACGAAUAGCCUGGGCACUUAAUCUUGUCUUGGACACCGAGGCUACUGAUUUGUCCAACCCUGCUAUAUAUUUGAUAUUGGAUUCUGGAUAUAUUCUUAGAACAUAGAAGCUAGUCACCCAAAAGAAACACACAUGGAUCGACAGCAGUGACAUGUUGUUCGUUAGCGUGAACACAGGGUUAAACUUAAAGGGCAAAAAAUUGCUUACACCUCCUCCAUGUGCCUCCGUGUGCAGUACCAUACGUCUGUAUGUUUCCAGACUGAACACAAAGAGAGUGGAGCUGAUCGAAAUCCUACAGCUCAGGUGGUCCGUUCCAUGGACAGCGCAUUCGCACAGCUUUAAUAUGGUGCAGUGUUGAGAAGCACAAUCAAGUGAAUGAAUGGCCUUAAAGGAAUACUCCAGACUUCGAUUAGUGAACAUUCUCAUGACAUUCUUUUACACUACAGAUGUGAUAGAUAAAGCUGAGGUUGGAAAACACUUGUCAAGUAUUCCUUUAAUUCAAAACAAAAAUCUACAUGCUGUUACUCCAUGAUCAUUGUUUGCACUUACCUUACCUUGCUUUCGUGUGUAGAAAACCAUUGAGUGACCAUAACAGUCAUGCUUUUUUUUUUGUUUACCCUUCUAACCAAUCAGGUUGCAAGAUGGAGGGCAAACGAGAAAAACAAACAUGGAGUACAAAGUCCUAGUCUUAUUAGGGAGUGAAUAUGCUGGAUGAGAACAUUUCUAGUGUUGCAGUGUAACUAAAAAAAACUA